UUGUAGUGGUCCAAUCUGAUUUCAACUACAUAAAGCAUGCACGCCCCAGAUAUAGCCAUUGGUACUACAACGACAUUCAUUAGCUUCACAUCAGACCUGGUGACCGAUGUUAGUUGAAACUUUAUCUCCAAAUGCCAGCAUUGGAGCCACUGACUUUAGUCUUGACACAACACCUCCUGAGCUACAAGAGUUUAAUGCCGACCUGACACCUGUUUCCAAAGUCUACCUCACUUUCUCCGAGACUGUUAGACAGAUGGGAAAGAUAGAGACAAGCAUUUCGCUCAUGAAUGCACCACAGGAGGCAACAGUAGUCAUACAACUAUCUGAGGAAGAUAAGAGCGACCAGACUGGGUUUAACACUAUAGAGAUCUCUCUCUCUCCUCCUGUCAUCACCAGACUCCUGGUCGACUCUAUAGCUAGCUCGGUGGACUCUCUCUAUCUCUCCCUGUCAGUGGGUGUGGUGAGUGAUACAAGUGGAAACCCUGUCAUCCCUGUCACUGCCUUCCAAGUCCAACAACUGUACAAGGCAUGUUUCUCCAACACCUACAACAAUGAGACUCUGGGAGAGUGUUUGGAGUGUCCGGGAGAGUGUGAAGGGAGCUGCACUGGACCUGCCCCCAUUGUCGGCCCUGGAGGCUGUGACUCCUGCCACGCCCUGUUACUAGACCAACAGGGGAAGCAAUUGGCAUGUGCUGAUGCGACAUCUUCCUGCCCAAAGGGGUACUUCUCCACGUCUCUCUCCUCCAUCACCUCCUCCCUCCCUCCCACUGUCACAGAGAGUACCCUCCUCUGUCAGCGGUGCCACUCCCUCUGCUCCUCCUGUGACGGCCCCACAACCUCCGAAUGCCUCACUUGCUCCUAUGCCUUCCUUACCAACUCUACCACUCCCCGAAUAUCCUGUCUAGAGUCGUGUGAGCAGACCUCUGCAUCAGACUGCGUCAUGUGCCACGAACAGUGCUCAGGCUGUACCGGACCGACCGACAGAGACUGUGUGAUGUGCAGAGAAGACAGCAUCGUGGAUAGUCAGAGGCGACUGGUGUGUGUACCCCAGUGUCAGGGGAACACUUUCCUUUCCCCAGAGAGUGGUGCGUACAGAUGCCAGGAGUGUAACUGCGAAUGCAAUGGCUGUAGAGGCAGUAGCAAUACAGACUGCAUAACCUGUCGUAAUGCCAACUUCACAACUGACGGCGUCUGUAUGUGUCUGGCAAUGUGUCCCCUCAGACUACUAUGAAGCAAAAGGCACCUGCCUGCCAUGCCAUGAGUACUGUAUUGGGUGCACAGGGACCAUCCAGUAGGAACUGUACCGAGUGUGUGGAGGACGAGGUUAACAGAGAGUGCGUCCCUUUCCUGCCCUAUUGGGAUGGAGUAUGACACAUCUGAGAAACAGUGUGUCCUCACCAGUUUGAUGAUCAACCUGAUUAUAGCAGCUGGAGUUGUGGGAGGAGCUAUUCUCCUGGUCUUGGUUAUCCUUGUUGCUGUGUGGGCUGGUAUCCACUACAAGAAGAAGAGAGAUAGCAAAGGUGUUUUUUUCGUCAGUGCAACUUUUGACACACCAGGACAAGAACUUCAGUCACUGAGAGACACAUGAUACUUUGCACACACACACACACACACAACAUUCUUUCUUUUUUAUUGUGAUACAUGCAGUUCUGUUUUUCUAUAGCUCAUUUUUAGUCUGGUAUUUACAUCAGAACAGACACCAAAAGGUUUCAUUGCAGCAGGGGAAGCCUCAGCAACCGAAGAAAGAUAUUCUUUUGCCAGACUUGUCACAGUGCUAUUGAGAGCAACUAGCUAUAUACUUGAAACUCACAUUAGCGGUCUGAUUGCAGCAUGUAUGAAUCAUCUAGCCCAUCGUACUCAAGCUUGGUGCGUGAUUUCAAUCCCUUCACAAAAGUACCUUC